AUGUUGUCCUCAUGCCAGGACCGAUCAGCUAUCGAUAGAAUAUCCACCGCUCUGCAACAGAAAAUCCAACAAAAACGGCCAGCGAGUCCAAUCCUUUCGGAAACAGCUUCCAAGAAAUCCCCCGUUUUCACCGCGGACCUCUUCAAAAAUGAGCCCCCAACGUCGGUGAUCGUCAACCCAGAGCCGCCACACUCUGAUGCCGCCGAGGAGGAGCAUUUUUCCGAUUCGGAGAGCUCGGAUCAGGGCACGAAUGAAGACUCCGGCUCGACUGAAUGUAUUUCGCCUGGUCCUGGGAAUCCUGGAGACGUUUUUUGCUCGGUUCCUGGCCGCCUGUCACUAUUGUCUUCUACCUCAAAGUACAAAGUUACCGUGGCUGAGGUUGACCGUGCGUUAUUUUAUAUCCGU